CAUUAAACGUUAUUUUUGCAAAACCGCAGUACUUUCAUAUUUUUACAGUCCAUUAAAGAUCGACAAACAUCUGGUCCGUCGAGGCGGAUCAAGAAGAAAAGAGAGACAACUUCGCAAGCAAAUAAGAUUGGGUCAAACUUCAUUAAGUCACCUAUCCAAGGUAGGAGGAAUUUACCUGUCCGUUAUACGUGGUAGACAGUUUAAAAUGGAUCAACUCGAGAAAUUAAAGAAAAAACGCGCUUCGAUAAGAGCUAGUGUGACGAAAUUAAUUAGUAAAAUCGAUAGUUUAAUUGAAAGCGACGAUAGAGAGACAGAAACUCAUCUAGAAAUACUGGAUCAGUUGAGUCGAAAGGAAGAGUCAUUGAGAACCUUAAACGGGGAGAUUGAGGGUUUCAUUACUAGCCCAACUGAUUAUGACACUGAGAUAGUCAAUAGUGAAGAAUAUGAGGACAAAAUUAUAAGUUGUAAAUUUAAGAUCCAGUCUCGUAUUAAACGAUUAGAAGCAGAUUCGUCCGUGGUCACGGUGACUCAGGGCCCCGUAGUUCGAAAUAAUUCCGCUAAUAUUAAGUUGCCGGAGAUUCCUCUACCGAAAUUCUCUGGAAAAUAUGAAGAAUGGAGUAACUUUAAAAUGCAAUUUGAUAAUAUCAUUUCGUCAAACGAGCAACUGUCGGCAGAACAAAAACUACAUUAUUUGAAGGCUGCUCUCGUAGGGGAAGCUAAGAGUUUAGAAACGUUAAACGAUUCGUUUGCUUCAUUGUUUCAAGCGCUACAAGAAAGGUACGAAAAUAAGAAAUUAAUAGUAGAAACCCAUGUUAAUGCGAUUCUGGACUCUGUAAAAUUACCUUAUGAGUCAGCAAGGGGUUUGAGGAGUUUAAUUGAUAGCAUCAAUAGAAAUAUGCGAGCACUAAAAGUCCUAGGAUAUGAAAGGAAUGAGCUUUCUGAUAUCUUAAUUUUAAAUAUCGUACUUCAGAAGCUGGAUAAGGAGACUCUAAAACAGUAUGAGUUCAGUAUCAGUUCGAAUGACGUUCCUAAACUAGAUAAUUUGAUUUCAUUUUUGGAAAAGCGUUCUCAGAUUUUAGAAAAUAUUAAUAAGACCACGUUCGUGAAACCAAGGUGUAGUCAAGAUAGAGUUAAACCGAAAAGCUUGUUUGUGAAAUGUAACAAUUCUAUGUCUCAUUGUAUUUUAUGUAAGCAAAAUCAUCCUGUUUACACUUGUGAUUCCUUUUUACGGCUUGAAGCCUCCCAAAGAAACGAUGUGGUGGCCAAAAACAACCUCUGUUUCAAUUGCUUAAGUGAUCGGCAUAAGUUAUCCAGUUGCAACUCUAAGAGCUGCUGUAAGAUAUGCCGAAAGCGACAUAAUACAUUACUGCAUCGAGAGAAACAAGCUAUGAUUGGUUCAAAUGUGCCAGUGGUCGACAGCAAACCGACUCCAAUCAAGCAGGACCUUAAUCCCGACGCAAUAGAGUUUCGUGAAGAUUCUAAGUGUAGUGAAUACGACAUGGAAAACAAUACAUUGGAUUUUCUGGAAAGUAAUUCAACAUCUAAUGCUACAUCCAUUUAUUAUAUCAACAAAGAUCUUAAAAUAACUAAGAAUAUAUUUGUGAUAGUUUCCCUAAUAAUUAUAAUGAUUGCCAUGGGUGCAGACAUCUCUCGGAAUCAGAUUUAUAAAGGAAUCCUAAAACCCGUUGGUCCAGCUAUUGGUCUCUUUUGCCAAUUUGUUAUAAUGACAUUGAUUGGAUUUAUUUAUAACGUUAUAUUUCAAUUCGAGUCGAGUCUAGCGGCUGGUUUGCUUAUAAUAUCAUGUUGUCCCGGAGGUGCUGUUUCUAACCUCUUUACAUAUUAUUUGGAUGGCGAUGUUUCCCUGAGUGUGACUAUGACUACAAUAUCUAUCGUAGCAUCACUGGGCUUGAUGCCUUUGAAUCUUUGGAUAUAUGCAAGUAAUACAGAAGCCAAGAACUUAAAAAUACCUUAUGAAAAUAUUGCAUUAUCACUAUUAAUGAUUGUUCCUCCCUUGAUUUUGGGUAUGAUAAUAAAAUACAAAGCUCCUAAAGUAUCUUCUUAUAUAACUAAGUGGGAAAGUGCAACAAGUAUGAUAACGAUUAUAAUUUUCGUGAUAAUGGAGAUUAUUUCCUCUCAACACAUGUUUAGUAUAGUAUCGUGGAAAGUUAUUAUAACCUCUUUAUUAUCUCCCAUAACUGGAAUUAUAAUUGGAUAUGUCAUAGCUUUCGUCAGUAGAAACUCCAAAGCAGCCUGCACUGCAAUAGCUAUUGAGAGCGGGAUUCAGAAUUUUUCUGUUGCAUUCGGCAUUAUUGUUUUAUCCUUUGAUACCUCCAUAUUUUCUCUUCGGAAUUCUGUAUUCCCUCAUAGAAUAUCAAAUAAUGUUUGUUUGAAGUAA